AUGUCCACCGCCGCCUUCCCCGCCACCGACCCCGUCGUCGAACCACGCUUCCAGCAGCUCUUCGAAUCCCUCGAAUCCCGCUUCCAAAGCACCACCUCGUCCCUCCCCUCCGAGAAAUGGUACAUCCUAGCCAUCUCCACCAUCGUCGCGGGGCCGGACCCCGAACGAGCAGACCAACUCUACCUCUACCUCAUCAACCAGGAACCCUACCGCACCGCGCUGGCCCGACAGGCCCUCGUCCGCCGCCUGCGCGAAGCGCUCUUCAAAUCCGUCAUCAUCGUCGGGGUCUGCAAGCCCAUCGAGGCCAUACUGGCCAUCGGCAAGCUCGAGCGUCCCGAGGAUAAAGAUUACAGUUUCUCGCGCGAGGACUGGCAAUGCGAUCAGGCGAACCAUGAGCGCGGCACGGCCUGGCUGGAGCGUCUGUAUGCGAGAAACACGUCCGGCACGUUGGAUUUGUUUGCGGCGCAUAAAGACUUCGCGUGGUUGUCGAAGGAGAUUACCUAUGGGUUGUUUUUGUCGGAUCGGCAGGCCCUGGAUGAUUUAGAUACCCAGAUGGUGGUGCUCCCCGCGAUUAUGAGUCAGAAUUUGAGGCUCGAGACUCAUUGGCAUAUUCGGGGGACGAGGCGCUUGGGGGUGAGUAAGGAGGAUGUGAAGAUUGUGUGGGAUGCCGUACAGUUGGUGGCGGAGUUCUUUGGGGGGAGGCUGGAUAAGGUGCCGACUGUUGAGCAGGUCGAGGACGAUGUUUAA